CCCCGCCCCUCAGCGGCUCCAGGUGCGGCUGUGGGACCUGGGGCCGAGGGCAGGGGCUGAGGCGGGCGGCCGGGACGCCAUGGCCGAGUCGCAGCUGAGCUGCCUGGACGAGGCGCACGUGAACGAGCGGGUGACCGAGGCGCAGGCCGCCUUCUACUACUGCGAGCGGCGGCGGGCCGCGCUGGAGGCGCUGCUGGGCGGCGGCGAGCAGGCCUACAGCGAGCGGGUCCAGAAAGAGCGGCUGCGGGACUUCCUGUCCAGCCAGGAGCGGCAGGCCCUCCGCGCCGCUUGGAGCCCCUACGAGGAUGCCGCCCCUGCCCGUGGCAAGAGCAAGGCCAAGGCCCCGGCGCAGGCUGCGGGCGAGCCCGCCGAGUCCCUGGUCUACUGGCCCGACCGCUCCGACACCGAGGUGCCCCCGCUGGACCUGGGCUGGACUGAUACCCGCUUCUACCGCGGCCUGAGCCGUGUCACCCUCUUCACCCACCCCCCCAAGGAGGAGAAGGCACCCCACCUCAAGCAGGUGGUCAGGCAGAUGGUCCAACAGGCCCAGAAGGUUGUUGCCGUGGUCAUGGACCUCUUCACUGAUGGUGAUAUCUUCCAAGACAUUGUUGAUGCUGCCUACAAGCGCGGAGUCCCAGUGUACAUCAUCCUGGAUGAGGCAGGUGUGAAGUCUUUCCUGGAGAUGUGUCAGAGCCUGGAGCUCACCAACUUCCGUAUCCGGAACAUCCGUGUCCGCUCUGUGACAGGUGUCGGCUUCUACUUGCCGAUGGGAAAGGUCAAAGGGACCCUGUCAUCUAGGUUCCUGAUGGUGGAUGGUGAAAAAGUGGCCACUGGAUCUUACAGGUUCACAUGGAGUUCCUCCUACGUGGACAGGAACCUCCUCCUUCUCCUGACAGGGGAGAACGUGGAGCCCUUCGACGUGGAGUUCCGAGAGCUGUAUGCCAUCUCUGAGGAGGUGGACUUGUAUCGGCAGCUGAGCCUGGCAGGAGGUGCCGGCAGGCUUGGCCUCAACUACUCCUCCACUGUGGCACGCAAGCUUAUCAACCCCAAGUAUGCCUUGGUGUCAGGUGGCCGCCACCCCCCCGGGGAGAUGAUGCGCUGGGCCGCCAGGCAACAGUGGCAAGCUGGCGGCCAUCCGGAGGGGCAGCAGGAGGGCAGUAGAGCUGGCGAGUCGACCUGCUCGCGCCUGGAGAGCUUCCUGAACGACCUGGUUAGGCUGGAGCAGGUGCUGCCCCCCGUGGAGCCCAUUCCCUUGGGAGGGCUGAGCCGGAAGGAUACCAAAGUGGUCUCUCACCUGCACGUGGACCUGAAGCCUAAGCCCCGGGAGGCGCUGGCCCGAAAUGGCAAAGGAGAAGCUGCCAAGGGGGAGGCCACCCCGGCCAAGGAGGGCAAGUGCUUUGGCAGGAAGCUCUUCAGCCGAUGGACCAAGAGGACAGCGGCGCCCAAUGGCAUGGCCAGCUCUCUCUCCACCGAGUCCUUUGCUGAGGUGGAGUUUAAGAUGGGGAAGAGGCCCAUUGAGGACUCCAGUGCCAAUCUCUCAGGUAAAGCCAGUGUCAGUUCUGCCAAGCCCAGCAAUUGUGUGAUUUCCUGAGCCACAGGACAGCGGUGGACAGGACCCAUGGGUGCCCGAGACUGGCUGCCCACCCCCUGCCUCGUGGAGACCAGGACAGACCCUGCACCAGUUUGCACAUUGGACCCCUGCCAGCCUGCUGCCUAGCAGCCUCCAUCCUGGUCUCAGGGACCCCGAAUCCCAGAUAGGAGGGUCUUCAGCAUCUCAAGACAAUCACGCGCUCCAUGAGACUGUCAGCCGGA